CGCAAAUAUUUCUCCCGAACGAGACCCAUCAUUGCCAACUGAUUCUGCUAGGGUUUCCCUGAAGUGAGAGGGAGCGCAGGGAGUAUCCGGAGCAAAGUAGAUGGAAGCUGACGACGAGGCAGCUCCGGCGCCGAUGAGCGAUGAGGCCAUGAUGCCCAACGGUAUUGAAGAACUUGAGGAGGAGCAGCUCCAACCGAGGAGCGGCGGAAAGUCCGCGAUCAGCGGCGAACAGAUGGACAUCGAGUCUUAUAUAUCUCUCUAUAGUGGAAGGACGAAGAUUUUUAGGCUUCUUUUUAUCGCGGAACAGUGUGGGAACCAGAGCAUGCAGCUGGAGGCUCUCCGCAUGGCCAAUGACGAAGUCAGAAAGGGUGAAGACUCCCAUCUUUACCGGCAGGUGGCGCAGAAGAUCGGUGCAGCAUUAGGACCGCACUACGAAUUCGAUCAGUCGUGGGCUGACGCUAUUGACCGCCGCGCCGAGCAGCGAAAAGAGAAGCUUGAGAAUGAGCUCAAUGGUUAUAGGACAAAUUUGAUUAAAGAAAGCAUCAGAAUGGGCUACAAUGAUUUUGGAGAUUUCUAUUAUGCUCAUGGUCAAAUUGGUGAUGCAUUUAAGAAUUAUGUUCGAACUCGUGACUAUUGUACUACUUCAAAGCAUAUAAUUCAAAUGUGUUUAAAUGUGAUACUUGCUAGUAUUGAGCUGGGCCAGUUCAUGCAUGUUUCCAACUAUGUAUCUAAAGCCGAGCAAACACCUGAUUCACUGGAUCCGAUCACUGUUGCAAAAUUACGAUGUGCUGCUGGAUUAGCUCACUUGGAAGCUAAGAAGUACAAGCUUGCUGCUCGCAAGUUUCUUGAAACUGGACCAGAACUGGGAAACAACUAUUCCGAAGUGAUUGCACCUCAAGAUGUCGCUACUUAUGGUGGACUUUGUGCAUUGGCUUCUUUUGACCGGACAGAACUGAAGAACAAAGUCAUAGACAACAUCAGCUUUCGAAAUUUCUUAGAGUUGGUGCCUGAAGUUAGGGAACUUAUUAAUGACUUCUAUGCAAGCCGGUAUGCGUCCUGCUUGGAUUAUCUUGAGAAUCUCAAGCCAAAUCUUCUCCUGGAUAUUCAUUUACAUGAUCACGUUGAAAUAUUAUAUACUGAUAUUCGCCAUAAAGCAAUAAUUCAGUAUACACAUCCUUUCAUUUCUGUUGAUCUGCCCACGAUGGCCAGUGCCUUUAAAACUACUGUUGCUGGCCUGCAAAAGGAACUCGAGGCAUUGAUUACUGAAAACCAAAUACAGGCCCGGAUAGACUCGCAUAACAAAAUCCUUUAUGCCAGACAUACUGAUCAAAGGAACUCGACAUUUCAAAGGGCGCUUCAAACUGGCGUUGAGUUUGAACGAGAAGUUCGAGCAAUGUUGCUUAGAGCCAAUCUUAUCAAACAUGAGCACACUCAGAGAGGGUCUAGGAAAUUAUGAUUCGAGGGACCAGCAUCCGUCGAAUGAGUUUGAUGAGAGCUUUUUCCUCUGGGUUUUGAUUGCCUAUCCCCAGCCGAUGUGAUGAGAUAAAAAAGGUGGUUAUUUACAACGUGGCCAACCAUUGAAUCUUUUUUUUUUCUUUUUUUGGUUAUGGUCAUAUUAUGGAGGGUAUCAAUUAAAUUCUGUUAGUUAGCAGUAAUCUUGGGUUGGAACUACUUCCAGUUUCAUGGUGGUUGUACCAAAUGUUUAUAUACUUUUUUUGGUUUUAAUUGCUCUAAAUCGGUGGCGAUUGUAUGGUUGAAAUCUGAAAAUAUU